GCUUCACGAUGCUACGUUUGAACGAUGAGUUGGGGAACGGCCAGACUAUAAGAUGUCUCAUAGCCCCUUCAACAAAUCUAAGCUAGCUUGAGGUAUGCUACGGUUCUUGAGCAGGACACCCGAGCUCUUUCGAAAUGGCUAAAUCAGACCAUGCGGUUCUGUGCAUAUGUAGAGCAUAAUUGGGAGAACGGGAAUCGUGCUCGCCAUGGUGUGCUUGCAAGAGAGAAGCGUUAUGGAAAGCUUUGUUUAUCUACUCUGACACAUGUGACAAUACCGAACCACCAUAGGCUAACUCUAAGAAAGGCCAUGCAAGACCGGUUCCCUCCAAUUUGGGUUUCUGCUCCGUCCCGGCAGCACCGUUGGCGAGUAUUGAUUGCCCCUUUCAGGCAUCGGUCCGAACGGAAGAGCUCAACGGGGAAAAUAGCCCCGGCGCCAGCGCCAUUGUUGGCGGCGGUUAAUCAAUUGCAUAGCUGCCGGAACCAACAUCGAGUCGUCUUCCGAUUACAGAGCGUAAAUCCAAUGAUUCAACCAACCCCUUCCUCAUCUUCAUGUGAUGGAUUGCCCACCAGGCCAUAUUGGAGUGAACAGAACACUAUGAGCGUAUUUACGCAAGUUUGAUUCAUCCGCUUCCACAGGGGGGCUUGGACCGAUGGCCUCUGUAAAGUUACUCAGCACGGAGGGACACCGAUCGGUGAAGAUGCCGGCUACGCCCUUCCG